GGCAACAACAAUGAAAUACGCAAAGUUGUUUCUCAUUACGCUCCAGUGAAUUACCGCUACUCCCUCUUUGCUUUGCUUGUUUUCUUCUUCUCUCUUUCCGUGUUGUUCUUCAUCGUACCGCCUUUAUACACCGCCACGUUGCGCUUCUCUUCCCGGUGCCACCGUCAUCAGUGCUCAUCACUCGUACUCUUGUGUGUGUGUGUGCGUCUGUGCUCCUCUCCCCCUUCUCCCCUCUCCCUCUCUCUUCCACUCGUUUUCGACAGGUACCCUGUAUUCAAGAUGACCGCCGAGUACGACUACCUGUUCAAGCUCCUCUUGAUCGGCGACAGCGGUGUGGGCAAGUCGUGCCUGCUGCUCCGCUUCGCCGAUGACAGCUACACCGACAGCUACAUCUCCACCAUCGGCGUCGAUUUCAAGAUCCGCACGCUGAAUCUCGACAGCAAGGUCAUCAAGCUCCAGAUUUGGGACACCGCCGGCCAGGAGCGCUUCCGCACCAUCACGAGUAGCUACUACCGCGGCGCCCACGGCAUCAUCAUCGUGUACGACACGACGGACAUGGAGAGCUUCAACAACGUCAAGACGUGGCUGAGCGAGAUUGACAAGUACGCCAGCGAGAACGUGAACAAAAUCCUCGUCGGCAACAAGUGCGACUUGGUCACCAAGAAGGCCGUCGACACGCAGAUGGCGCAGGACUUCGCCAACUCCCUCGGCAUCCCGUUCCUCGAGACAAGCGCGAAGAACUCUACCAACGUCGAGGAGGCGUUCAUCCGCAUGGCGUCCGACAUCAAGGCCCGCCUGGCCGUCAGCGGCGAGCAGGCGAAAGGGGCGCCACGGCCGAACGUUGGCAACCCACAGCCACAGAAGAAGGAUGACGGGUGCUGCUAA